AUGAACCAUAAUAUUCAUGCCCCUCCUCCUCCACCUCCUGUACCUACAACGCCGCCAUCCGUGACGCGUCCCCGUCGUGAUAAGAGCCAAAACCGCGGUCGCUUCACAUCAUCAACAGCCGCCGCGCUGGCGUUACAACAAGGCGAUGGAUACAAACCACGUGAAGAAAGAGGCUGGGAAGAGUUCCAUCCUGACCUAGACAUUGAUGGCAAGAUAGCAGUCUUCACUGCCGAGGAGGUGGACACAGUAGACCCGGCUGCUCACGCCUUGACUCUCGAGGCACUGGCUGGUGCCACUAUCUCAGAUGGCUCAGGUAGCCCAAUGAUCUUGUCGCCGGACAUGGCAUCCCCCAUACCUUUCAAGCGCAGACCUGGACGUCCGCCACGUCGCCCAGAGGCGAUUCUUAAUGCUCUACUUGCUCAAAAACAGGGUCCCAAGAUCAUCCCUCCACCAGGUCCAAACCCUCGCGAAAAGUUAACCCUACCUAAACCCUCGUUCCGACUCCAAGAUCCAUUCACAUUUUACGAGAAGAAAGGCGUUGGUCAACAGAACUAUGUCGACCGCACUAUGGCCAGUGUUGGAUACCAAGAAAGUGAUCUGUUUCUCCGCCACGAUCGUCGCUUUAUUCGAAUGACCGAAGGCGCUCAAGAAGAUGAUAUGGAUGUCAUUCAGCCUGCCACGGCAGAGGGUGAUGUCAAUGCGAUGAGUGGACGCGUCGAGUACGACAUGGACGAGCAAGAUGAGAAAUGGCUGGACGACUACAACGCUAAGCGUAGGGAGGACCAACUGGAACCUAUUAAGCCUGCUAUCUUUGAGAUUACCAUGACAAAGAUCGAGAAGGAAUGGCAUGCGCUAGAGAAACGGAUUCCAAAACCAAAUCCCAAGCCUCCGCAAACACAGCGCCCGCGAUCCAGCUCGGCUGCGGCUGUGAACGGAGAGACUGCUGGACCCGGGGAAGAACAGGACAGCAAGUGUGCUAUCUGUGAUGAUGGUGAUUGCGAAAACUCCAAUGCGAUCGUCUUCUGCGAUGGCUGUGAUCUUGCUGUCCAUCAGGAGUGCUAUGGUGUUCCCUUCAUUCCUGAAGGCCAAUGGCUUUGUCGGAAAUGCCAGUUACUUGGACGAGGAACUACCAAUUGUAUUUUCUGUCCAAAUACCGAGGGUGCGUUCAAGCAAACCACUUCCUCUAAAUGGGCUCAUCUCUUGUGCUCUAUUUGGAUCCCUGAGGUUUCAAUCGGCAAUCCAUCCUUAAUGGAACCCGUCACAGAUGUUGAAAAAGUACCGCGCAGCCGAUGGAAACUGCUUUGCUACAUUUGCAAGCAGAAGAUGGGAUCCUCGAUCCAAUGUAGCAAUAAGAGCUGUUUCGUUGCAUUCCAUGUGUCUUGUGCGCGUCGCGCUCAGCUUUAUCUGAAGAUGAAGAUUGGCCAUGGGCUCAUGGAUUCUCAUCUUCUCAAGGCAUUUUGCGAUAAACACGUUCCACAAGACUGGCGACUGGAGCAUGGGACCGAUGCUGCGACUGCAGAUGCAAUAGAGUACUAUCGCAAUACCAUGCAAGGUAAACGAUGGGGCGAUAGCCAAGCCGCGGCGUUAUCCAUGGGACCUGCGCAUAUUGAUGAAGAGGAAGAGCGUCUCCACACUCCCCGCAUCACUCUCACUGUCGGCGGUAACAAACGCAAGCGCGCGCCUCCAAGAACGAUCUGGAAGCUACCUUCUGGUGCUCCUGUCAUUCCACAAGUGCUUCUAACUUCAAUCGUGGCUUGUCUUGCUCGGUUUACUGUUCGUGGUCGAAAGCAGUAUGCGGAAGAUGCUUGCAAAUACUGGACACUGAAGCGUGAGGCUCGUCGUGGAGCUGCUCUACUCAAGCGACUCCAACUCCAGCUCGAGACCUUCUCAUCUAUGGAAAUGACUCGGCGAGACUACAUGGCCAUGGGUGCGACGGGUCAUAAGCGUAUCCAUCGUCGUAUGGAAUUCGGCGAGCGACUCUACAAAGACCUCGAUCGUCUGAGAAUGCUGUGUGAUGAAGUUAAGAAGCGUGAGAGAGAGAAGCUUAAGGAUGCUGAGAUGCUUCGAAGCAUUGUCGAUAUUGUCUACUUCCCAGUAUUCCCUUUGUUGUGGCCAAUCUUUGAGAAAGCUCAAGUUCUAGAUGGAAAAGGAACUUUCGCGGCUGGUCUCUUAUCCAUUCGCAAACGCUUGCAGGAACGAUUUUAUCCCUCUGUAUCAUCUUUCUCUGCUGAUCUUGCCAGUCUCUUUACUUCGGAGAUCGGAGUGGGCCCCGCUGGGGAUACUGCCGAGCUGCAAGCACAGAUCAGCGGCCGUGCUCCCGAACUUAGUCUGGAACAACGUGAGAAACGAAAGCUUGCCAAGCGGAUUAUAAAAUCUAUCCAACCUGCUUUGGAGGAUGCGAUCCGCAAGGAGAGCGAGUUGAACCGCAAACCAUUUGAAAAGGAGCUGAAAGAAUUGGAUGCCAUUUUCGAUCAAAGUGUAAUGUCUCGCCGAGACUCGGUGGACGAAGGUGAUAAUGAGCUCGAGCUUGAUCAAGUUAAUGGUCACCCCGACGCCAUGGAGGGUGUGGAACCAACUGUGACUACUGCAGAGACCACCGAUGUUGAGAAUCAGGGCACAGAAGUAGCUGAGACUACCGAAGAGAUCAUUACCAAUGGCGCUCCUGCUGCCGAGCCGGUCUCAACUCCAGAGAUCAAGCCCAAUAUCAACAUUGCCUACCACCGCCACCCAACCCCGAUCUUGAGUGAAGAGGACCAGCAACUUCCUUUGGCACAAGGUGGUAUUCAGUGGUACAUGCAACCUUUUGACCCUAUUGGAACCACUGUCCAUGAAGAGCGCUGGACUGGCCGUGAUGUUAUGCGUGGUAUGAGUGAAGAGCUGAGUGAGCUGGACGAGGAUGAACUCCAAGACCUGGUAGACGAUGAGCUUGACCCUACUACAAAGGUUGCACCGGAUACAGAGAAGCCUCAGAAGGUCCGGCGUACUCGUCGUUUACGGGGCUAG